ACCCGGCUCCAAUGGCGGCCACGACGAUGGCCAGGUGAUAGACGCACGCAUUGCGGCACAGAUGAGCACACAGCACCUGGCGGCGACACAGCAGCAGCAGCAGCAGCAACAGCAGCAGCAGCAGCAGACGGAGCAUCAGCCGCUGGCCAAGAUCGAGUUCGAUGAGAAUCAAAUUAUACGCGUAGUGGGCCCCAAUGGCGAGCAGCAGCAGAUCAUAUCGCGGGAGAUCAUCAACGGCGAGCAUCACAUCCUGUCCAGAAACGAGGCCGGCGAGCACAUACUCACGCGCAUCGUCAGCGAUCCCUCCAAGCUGAUGCCCAACGAUAACGCGGUGGCCACCGCCAUGUACAAUCAGGCCCAGAAGCUGAACAACGAACACCAUGGCGUCUAUCAGACCUCCCCGCUGCCGCUGGACGCCUCCGUGCUGCACUACGGCAACGAUAAUGUGAUCAAGACCGAGGCGGAAAUCUAUGAGGAUCACAAGAAACAUGCCGGCGGCUCCAUUAUCUACACCACCUCCGAUCCGAACGGCGUCAACGUGAAUGUCAAGCAGCUGCCGCAUCUGUCGGGCGUGCCCCAGAAACUGGAUCCCGAACUGUAUCAGCCGGACAAGCACAUCGAUCUGAUCUACAACGAUGGCAGCAAGACCGUCAUCUAUUCCACCAGCGACCAGAAGGGCCUCGAGAUCUACUCCGGCGGCGAUAUCGGCAGCCUGGUAUCCGACGGUCAGGUCGUCGUGCAGGCGGGUCUGCCCUAUGCGACGGCCACCAGCGGCACGGGUCAGCCCGUUUACAUUGUCGCCGAUGUCGAGGAGCAUUUGCAGGGCAAUGCGAGCAGCGCCGGCAAACUGAAUGGCCAGACCACACCUAUCGAUGUCUCUGGCCUAUCGCAAAAUGAAAUUCAAGGCUUUCUGCUUGGUUCACACCCCUCAUCUUCGUCCGCCACAACCGGCGUGGUCUCCACAACAACAAUCUCAAAUCAACAGCAGCAACAUCAGCAGCAGCAGCAGCAGCAGCAGCAGCAACAGCAGCAGCAUCAACAGCAGCAGCAGCCGCCACAUCCCAGCGACAUUGUAACCAUAACCACCGCGGGCGUGGGGAGCGCGGGCUCAAUUGUCUCCGCUGCAGUGCAGCAGCAGCAGCAGCAGCAGCAGCAGCUGCUGAGCAUCAAGCGUGAGCCCGAAGAUUUGAGCAAGGAUCCCAAGAACGGCAGCCUGGGCGCCUCGGCAAAUGGUUCGGUCAUAACGCAGAAGAUAUUGGGCGUGGAUGCAGCUAGAACCGAAGCUGAGGCAACUGCAACUGCAACUGCAACUGCAACUGCAUUCGAAAUAGGCAAUAAAACAGCAGCAACAACAACUGCAACUACCGCAACUGCAACUAGUCCCGCCAGAGCGACAGCGACAGAUCUAGAGAUGUAUGCUACCACGGGCGGCACACAGAUUUAUCUACAGACCUCACACCAGCAGAGCAGCAAUGGCGCCAACACACAGCAGAGCACACUGCAAGCGCAAAGUCCCAGUCCCGGGCCAUAUAUCACAACGGACAGCUAUGGCAUGUAUACGGCGAGCAGGCUGCCGCCCGGCCCACCGCCCGCCACCACAUUCAUAACGGAGCCCUAUUAUCGUGAAUAUUUUGCACCUGACGGCCAAGGUGGCUAUGUGCCAGCGGGCACAGCGCGCAGUCUCUACGGCGAGGAUGUAUCCGUUACGGCGGCCACGCAGCCGCAGCCCGUGGGUGGCGUCUAUGAGGCGCGCUUCAGCAGCAAUGCGCCCACCACCACCACAGUGCUAACCAGCAGCAAUGCACACCACCACAGUCAACAGCAGCAGCAGCAGCAGCAACAGCAGCAGCAGCAGCAGCAACAGCAACAGCAGCAGGAACAGUCGGGCAAAAGCGGCGGCACCCCACUAUAUGCCAAGGCUAUAACGGCGGCGGGUCUGACCGUGGACUUGCCCAGUCCCGAUUCGGGCAUUGGCACGGAUGCCAUAACGCCGCGGGAUCAGAAUCACAUACAGCAGUCCUUCGACUAUACGGAACUGUGUCAGCCGGGCACCCUGAUCGAUGCCAAUGGCAGCAUACCCGUUUCGGUGAACAGCAUACAGCAGCGCACCGUGGUGCAUGGCAGUCAGAAUAGUCCAACCACAUCGCUGGUGGAUACCAGCACAAAUGGCUCGACACGUUCGCGACCCUGGCACGAUUUCGGGCGCCAAAAUGAUGCUGACAAAAUACAAAUACCAAAAAUCUUCACAAAUGUGGGCUUUCGCUAUAAUCUGGAGAGCCCGAUCAGCUCGUCGCAGCGGCGCGAAGACGAUCGCAUCACCUACAUCAAUAAGGGUCAGUUCUAUGGCAUAACGCUGGAGUAUGUGCACGAUGCGGAUAAGCCAAUCAAGAAUACAACAGUUAAGAGUGUGAUCAUGCUAAUGUUUCGCGAGGAGAAGAGUCCCGAGGACGAGAUAAAGGCCUGGCAAUUCUGGCACAGUCGUCAGCAUUCCGUGAAGCAAAGAAUCUUGGAUGCAGAUACAAAGAACUCGGUUGGUCUUGUUGGCUGCAUCGAGGAAGUGUCGCACAAUGCCAUCGCCGUCUAUUGGAAUCCGCUCGAGAGCUCUGCCAAGAUCAACAUUGCGGUUCAGUGCCUCAGCACGGACUUUAGCAGUCAAAAAGGUGUUAAGGGCCUGCCGCUGCACGUACAAAUCGAUACGUUCGAGGAUCCGCGGGACGCGACGGUCUUCCAUCGCGGCUACUGUCAGAUAAAGGUCUUCUGCGAUAAGGGCGCGGAGCGCAAGACGCGCGAUGAGGAGCGACGCGCGGCCAAGCGCAAAAUGACAGCCACCGGACGCAAGAAGCUGGACGAGCUCUAUCAUCCGGUCACAGAUCGUUCCGAGUUCUAUGGCAUGCAGGAUCUGACCAAGCCGCCUGUGCUCUUCUCGCCUGCCGAGGACAUGGAGAAGAGCUUCUAUGGCCAUGAGACUGACUCGCCGGAACUGAAGGGCGCCUCGCCCUUCUUGCUGCACGGCCAGAAGGUGGCCACGCCCACGCUCAAGUUUCACAAUCAUUUUCCGCCCGACAUGCAGACUGACAAAAAGGAUCAUAUCCUGGAUCAGAGCAUGUUAACCAGCACGCCCAUGUCCGACUUUGGGCCGCCCAUGAAGCGUGGCCGGAUGACGCCGCCGACCACGGAGCGCGUCAUGCUGUACGUGCGGCAGGAGAACGAGGAGGUCUACACGCCCCUGCACGUGGUGCCGCCGACCACAAUUGGCCUGCUGAAUGCGAUUGAAAACAAAUACAAAAUCUCAACAACGAGCAUAAAUAACAUUUAUCGCACAAAUAAGAAGGGGAUUACGGCGAAAAUUGAUGAUGACAUGAUAUCCUUCUAUUGCAACGAGGACAUUUUCUUGCUGGAAGUGCAACAGAUCGAGGACGAUCUGUACGAUGUGACGCUCACAGAGCUGCCCAAUCAGUAGUACUUGCUCUCAAAAACCACCCCCCCCCCCCCC